CUCUUAGUUUGGUGCUCCUGCCUGUGCACCGCCUCUGUUUUCUAAAUGAAUCUGGUCCAUCUGCCGGCUGUCUCAUCCUGCCUCCCGUCAAGACGAACCGUCCAGCUCUUCACCAUCAUGUCCACAGUUUCAGGCUUUCCUGCUGAAUGUGGCAGCAGUGUGUGAAGACAGCAUGUGGAGGUGGGCGGAGCAAAACUGUGAUGUCAGAUAUCUGACGGUUCUCAGCAGAGAGAAGACAGAGUCCACAUUGGACCGUCCACAGCGGAGACAAAUGGAGGCCCUGUGCAGCGGCAGUGGUCUGGAUCCUCUCUGGGACUGGAACCUAACCUGGUACACUUCCAGACCAGACCUCACCCAGUGUUUCCAGCAGACUGUCCUGGUGUGGUUCCCCUGCUUUUACCUGUGGAUAUGUUCACCUUUUUACCUGGUCUAUCUGCAGCUCCGCUCCCACAGAGGCAUCAUCCCUCUGUCCAAACUCUGCUGCAGCAAAACGCUCCUGGCUCUCAGUCUGGCUUCUUUUGGACUUCUGGAGAUGUUUUACUUCCUGGUGAAGAUGAACGAUGAGAUCCAGAAUCACCUGCUGAUCCUGUUGAGUCCACUGAUGCGGAUCCUAACCCUGGUCUUGGCUGCAGCUGUGAUCCAGGUGGAAAGGAUGAAGGGAAGUCGAUCGUCAGUUGUCCUCUUCCUGUUCUGGACUCUGCUGGUUCUGUGCUCCAUUGUCCCUCUGAAGGUCAACAUCCAGCAGAUUAUUGAUCAGGGAUUUUCUUCAGACGUUGGUCGAGCAGCAUCGUUUUUCAUCUGCUUCCUUCUCCAACUCAUCGAACUGAUCCUCACCUGCUACUCCGAUAACCGGCCGCUCCCUGACAAGCGUACCUUCAUCCAGAAUUCCUGUCCAGAGGAAGACGCUUCUUUUCUUUCCAGGUUUUUCUUCUUUUGGUUCAGAAGUUUGGUGAUUCAAGGUUAUCGCCACCCUCUACAAGCUGCAGAUCUGUGGACUUUGCGGGACCAGGACACAUCAAUCCGGAUCAUGACUGGCUUGGAGAGGUUCUGGAAGCAGCAGAAAUAUAAACACCUGACAUCAAAGUCUGGGUCCUGGUUCGAGUCCUGGUCCCUGUCCUUUUUUCAGUCCUGGUCUGGCAAUCCAGCUGUGAAAACAGAGAAAACACAGCUGCUGAGGAAACACAGGAAGAGGCGGGACUGUGACCUCUUUCUCUUGCAUGCUUUGGGGCGGAGCUUCGGACUGUACUUCCUGUGUGGAACGCUGUGCCUCCUCUUCCAUGAUGCCUUCAUGUUCGCUGUGCCUCAGGUGCUCAGUGCAUUGCUGGGCUUUAUGCGGGACAAAGAUGCUGCGUUGUGGAAAGGCUUCCUGUUCGCCUCGCUGCUCUUCCUGCUGUCCUGCCUGCAGUCCGUCCUCCAUCAUCAGUACAUGUUUCACUGCUUCACUGUGGGAAUGAGGCUGAAGACGGCCAUCAUGGGCCUCGUCUACAGGAAGAGCCUGGUGAUGAGCAACACGACGCGGCUGCAAUGCAAUUUGGGAGAAAUUAUUAAUCUGGUGUCAGCUGACACUCAGAAGCUGAUGGACUUUGUGGUUUAUUUCAACAGUGUCUGGAUUGCUCCGCUCGAAAUUGCGCUAUGCUUCUACUUCCUGUGGCAGCUUCUCGGCCCCCCUGCUCUUGCUGGCCUCGCUGCCGUGGUUCUAAUAUUUCCUUUGAACGGGUUCAUCGCUAAAAUCCGAAGCAAGCUUCAGGAGGUUCAGAUGAAGUUCACUGACAGUCGCAUCAGACUGAUGAAUGAGAUUUUAGGUGGAGUGAAGAUCCUCAAGUUCUACUCGUGGGAAGAAGCUUUCCUGCGAAGAGUCAACACUUUGAGAGAUGGAGAACUUGAUGCCCUAAAGACCUCACAGAUCCUUUACUCCAUCUCUCUAGCUUCCUUUAACUCUUCCUCCUUCCUGAUUGCCUUGUCCGUGUUUGCAGUCUACGUUUUGAUUGAUGAGCAGAAUGUUCUAGAUGCUCAGAAAAUUUUUGUAUCUGUGGCUCUGAUCAACAUUCUGAAAAGUCCUCUGAGCCAACUCCCAUUCGCAAUGAGCACCACCAUGCAGGCUGUUGUCUCUCUCAGACGUCUUGGAAACUUCUUGAGCCAGGACGAACUGAAAGACGACAAUGUGGAGAGACUUCCCCAUUGCACAGAUGGACACAGUGUCGUGAUUGAAGGAGGGUUCUUUUCCUGGUCCAGCAGUGCUCCGCCGUGUCUGCAGAGGAUAAACAUGAAGGUGAAGACUGGUUCUCUGGUAGUCGUGGUUGGCCAUGUUGGCUCUGGGAAGUCAUCUCUGCUGUCGGCCAUGUUGGGAGAGAUGGACCUGAAGAGUGGCCUUGUUUCAGUCAAGGGUUCAGUGGCCUAUGUCCCACAGCAGGCCUGGAUCCAGAAUGCCUCUCUGAAGGACAAUGUCUUGUUUGGUGGUGAGCGAAUGGAGAGCUGGUACCACCAUGUGCUCGAGGCCUGUGCUCUGCUGCCAGACCUCGACAUCCUUCCUGCGGGAGAUGGCACAGAGAUUGGGGAGAAGGGCCUUAACCUUUCUGGAGGACAGAAGCAGAGGGUGAGUCUGGCCCGGGCCGUCUACAGGAGAUCAGAUGUUUACCUCCUGGAUGACCCGCUAUCAGCUGUUGAUGCUCAUGUGGGACAACAUAUCUUUGAUCGGGUCAUCGGACCAAGUGGACUUCUCAAAGACAAGACCCGGGUUCUGGUGACUCAUGGCCUCAGCUUCCUGUCCAAAGCAGACCUGAUCCUUGUGAUGGAAGACGGGCACAUCUCGGAGAUGGGCUCCUACAUUGAGCUGAUGGACAGAAAAGGUGUCUUUGCCACAUUAAUUCACACAUUUAGUGGAAACCGAAGGAAAGAUGUGUUUGCAGGUAGCCGGAAGUCGGUGUCUCGCCUCAGUAUGACUGAUUUUUCUAUUGAUCUGUCUCAGGAACAGCUGAUCAGCUGUGAUAUGAGCAGUGCCAGUGUGAAGAUGAUGGAAGUUGAUGAUCAGGACCUGGAUGCUGAGGAUGCUGGAAAACUCACAGAAGCUGACAAAGCUCAUACAGGGAGAGUGAAGCUCCAGAUGUACAGAGAAUACUUCAGGACAGUGGGUCUGACCUUCAUCAUGACCAUCAUUUUUCUCUGCGCCUUCCAGCAAGCUGCCUCGUUGGCUUACAACUACUGGCUGAGCCUGUGGGCUGAUGAGGUGCCCGUCAACGGCACGCAGAGUGACCAUGAGUUGAAACUGAGUGUGUUCGCAGCUCUGGGCUUCACUCAGGGAAUUGCUAUGUUUGGCACGACUCUUGCCAUCACUCUGGCUGGUAUUGUAGCAUCACGCCAUAUUCAUGCAGAUCUUCUGCACAGCAUCCUGCACUCACCCAUGUCCUUCUUUGAGGUGACCCCCAGCGGAAACCUCCUGAACCGCUUCUCCAAAGAGAUUGACGCCAUUGACUGCAUGAUCCCUGAGGGUCUGAAGAUGAUGCUGGGAUACCUGUUCAAGCUUCUGGAAGUCUGCAUCAUUGUUUUAUUGGCCACACCUUUUACAGGACUGGUGCUCCUUCCUCUGACUUGUGUCUACAUCUUCAUACAGACUUUUUACAUAGCGUCAUCGUGUCAGUUGAGGCGUUUGGAGGCUGUGAGCCGCUCACCAAUUUACAGUCACUUCAAUGAGACGGUCCAGGGUGCAAGCGUGAUUCGAGCCUUUGGCAAACAGCAGUGCUUCAUCCUGCAGGCCAACCAUCGCAUCGACACCAACCAGGAGGCUUACUUCCCUCGCUUUGUUGCCACCAGGUGGCUUGCUGUAAAUCUCGAGUUUCUGGGGAAUGUCCUAGUUUUGGCUGCAGCCAUUUUCUCUGUGUAUGGUCGGGAUGAACUCAGCCCAGGGAUGGUCGGCUUGACAGUGUCACACUCUCUUCAGGUCACCGGAAUUCUGAGCUGGAUUGUUCGAUCCUGGACUGAUGUGGAAAACAACAUUGUUUCUGUAGAAAGAGUGAAAGAGUAUGUCGAGCUGCCCAAAGAGGCAACAUGGACCAUUGAGGGCUGUGUACUGCCGUCAAAUUGGCCGACCUCUGGAGCCAUCCAGUUUGAAGACUAUGGACUACAGUAUCGUAAAGGUUUGGACUGGGCUUUGAAGGAUAUCUACAUCAACAUUGAAGAAGGAGAAAAGGUUGGGAUCGUAGGAAGGACGGGAGCAGGAAAAUCAUCUCUUACUUUGGGAAUCUUUAGGAUUCAAGAGGCAGCAAAAGGACGAAUCUUAAUCGACGGGAUUGAUAUUGCCCAGAUUGGCCUUCAUGAUCUCAGAUCCAGAAUUACCAUCAUUCCCCAGGACCCAGUUCUGUUCUCUGGUUCUCUCAGGAUGAAUUUGGAUCCCUUUGAAACAUGUUCAGAUGAAGAUUUGUGGAAAGCUCUGGAACUGGCUCACCUCAGCAGCUUUGUAUCGGCACUGCCCCAAAAACUGAACUAUCAGUGUAGCGAAGGAGGUGAAAACCUCAGUCUGGGCCAGCGUCAGCUGCUUUGUUUGGCCAGAGCUUUGUUGCGGAAGACCAGGAUCUUAGUGCUGGAUGAAGCUACAGCAGCUGUGGAUCUGAGGACAGACCAGUUGAUCCAGUCCACUAUUCGUACCGAGUUUAAAGACUGCACCAUCCUCACAAUUGCUCACCGCCUCAACACCAUCAUGGACUACACCAGGGUUAUUGUUAUGGACCAAGGCUCCAUAGCAGAGAUGAACUCACCGUCUCAGCUCAUCCAUCUUCAGGGUCUCUUCUAUCAGAUGUGUGGUGAGGCUGGUUUGGUGUGACAUCUAAUAGUGAACAAAUCUUUGAUUAACAUCUAGAAUUGUCUUGAAUAGAAUACAAUAGAAAAUAAUAGAGUAGAAUUGUCUAAAUGUGAGAUUAUUUACAAUCAUUCUAUGACUAAAAUGUGACAACUAGAGAUUUGGUGUCCCCAGAAGGGCCAGCUGAUGUUUUUACAAAUGUUAUCUAUGAACAUGUUAUCCAGGAUGUCUCAAAAGAUUAUUUGGAUCAACAAAAGCCAACAGAAGCUUUUCCAAGCGUUUCUUGCCAGAUGUAAGUGGUCAGCCUAAGCUAAUCUUUUAAAUAGUAAAUUCUUAUUUCACAUGUUCAAAUAUGGCCUCAAUAUAAAGUCAUAAUUUUGCAACUGUAAAUGAACUUUAGAGUUUCUAUUUUUAAAUAAAGUUUUGUGAUCGGGUAAAAAACUGCCCAAAUAAUUAAUGUUUGCAAAUG